AAUUUUUUUAAUCUAUUUGAAAAUCAAGUUAGAAGCUAUCGUACUUCCUUCACCAAUAACUGUCCAAACGCUGAUGUUAAAAGCAUGCAAUGUGUUGCCCUAGGUAGAGAGUUCUGCUCUACGCCACCUGUAGCCAAUUUCAAUCACCAAUAAAAACAGAACUUCUAGUGUGGUUGACUCACGUGAUUAAAUAUGCACUACUUUGCUUUAAACAUUUCAGGUACUGUUUGAAAGUUGCAACCGUAACUGCCUUUUUAUUUAUUGUACGGUCGACGGUGAAGUUCAUUUCUUGCUUUAUUGAAUUCUGUUUAGAAAUUUGUACAUCAUAAAGCUUUCAAGAUGAUGAAAGGAUUGACCUGGUCAAGCUUGAAAAAGCAUUAUUCUUUGAUACCUUUAUUUGUAAUCCUUGGAGGUGGAUGUGCUCUAUCUGCUGCAUAUUUAGCCAGGCUGGCCUUUAAGAACCCAGAAGUUAGUUGGAGGAGAUCAGCCAAUCCUGAGCCUUAUCAAGAAUAUGCAGAAAAAAGAUAUAAGUUGCUUCACAUCAAAGAGGAGCCAGACUACAAAAAGAUCAAGGAGCAACGCCCAGAAUUCUAAAUAAAAAUAGUGAAUCUUGUAAUUAUUUUGCCAGGAUUAUUCCACUUAAGAACUUUCUAGUAAAUAUCAAUAUCUGGCUUAUGUUAUUCUUUAUUUAAUUAAUGAUAGAAAAUAAACAAAAUUUUGUAUGUU